CUUCGGUGGGGAUCAGUUUAUAGUAGGCCACGAGGCACUCGCGUUCUUGGUUGCAUGUUCACGACUCUCUCUUCUCUGGAUAAGGCCAAGUGUUUGAAAUCUCAGCAAGAAUAUUUCACUUCUCUUUAAAAAAAAAUAAAACAAAAAAUUUUCUAUUUUUUGAAAAGUAUUUAUUUUUUCCAAUUUUUUUGGAAUAGAAAACUGAAAAAAAGAGUAAAUGAAAGUGAUUGAAAUGUUAUUAUUUGGCAGAAGAAGAAAUUAAUGAUUUGCGACAAGGUGACUAUUAUGAGAAGAUAGACACGCUGACAAUCUGAAGAUUAACAGGAAGUUAUUGUUGUUUUGCUUAUAAGACGAAGGUGUUGGAGAAAGUGUCAUUAUAUUCAUAUGCCUCGGUUUGUGUUUAACUUGGCUGACUUCCGGGAUUUUAGUUUCUGGAAAAAUGUUUCAAUUUUGAAUGAAAUCAACUUUAUUGGAUAUAGAGACGUGAGAUGAUCGGAAAACAUCUUCUCCUUAGUUUUUGGAUUAUUCAAUGGAUCCAUUUUCUUGGAGAUCGUGUAGGGGCUCAAAGUUCGCCUAAAGAAAUUAUAGAAUCAGAUGAACAAAAUGAUUUACUCAUUUUUCAAUCAGUCGUUAAAUCCAUGAAAGAAUGGGAGAGUCAUAAAAAAAGUUCUCAUCGCAAUAAGAGAGAAGUUUCAAGUGUUUGCUAUGAUGGUGUCGGAUGCUUUGAAGAUACUGGACCAUUUAGUUAUUUGGAAAUGUUACCAUCAGCCCCCAAGGAUGUUGGUACCAGAUUUUUUGUCUACGGUAGCAGAAAAGCAAGAUCGAUUCCAAUGGAGGUUUCCGCCGAAGAUAUAAGUGAAAAAAUUCGUCAUGCCAUAGAUGUAGAUUUACCUACUAAAGUACUUGUUCAUGGAUUUGGAUCUGACUGUGAUCACAUUUGGGUUUAUGAAAUGAGAUCUGCACUUAUGCAAGUUCAAGAUUGUAAUGUAGUUUGUGUCGACUGGUCACCAGGAAGUACAAUUCCAAAUUAUGUGAGAGCAGCAGCAAAUACAAGAUUAGUGGGCCGACAAUUGGCGAAAUUAGUUCGAAGUUUAGAUGUGCCUUUGGAUAAACUUCAUCUAAUUGGAUUUAGUCUUGGUGCUCAUGUUGCUGGUUUCGCUGGUGCAGAAUUAGGAAAUGUUUCUAGAAUAACAGGUUUGGAUCCUGCUGGACCGCUUUUUGAAUCCCAAGACCCGCGUGCAAGAUUGGACGAACAAGACGCACAAUUUGUUGACGUUAUACACAGUAAUGGAGAACAGUUACUCCUAGGAGGAUUAGGUUCCUGGCAACCGAUGGGUGACGUUGAUUUUUAUCCCAACGGCGGUCGAAUGCAAAGUGGCUGCUCGAAUAUUUUUCUAGGCGCAGUAACUGACAUCAUUUGGUCAAGCACAUUGGAGGGAAGAUCAUUGUGUAAUCAUCGAAGAGCUUAUAAACUCUUCACGGACUCGGUGAGUCCAAAAUGUAGAUUUCCUGCGUUUCCCUGUCAUCGUGGUUAUGAUGGUUUAAUUAAAGGCGAUUGCUUUCCAUGUGGACCGGAAAAUUCCGAUCGUCCUUGUGGUGAUAUGGGAUUUUAUAGUGACAGUUCACCGGGUCGAGGACAAUUAUAUCUGAUGACAAGAGAUGAGGAACCAUUUUGUGCUAAUCAAUAUCAAGUAAAGGUAUUUAAUAGUCGAAGCGAAAGAGCAACGAAGAGUUAUGGAAAUUUGAAAGUCACACUCGUAGGGGAGGGAUCAUUUAACGAGACUUUCACCAUGACCCGCAAGGACGAUGAAGAACUUCUCGUUGGUGCCAUUUUACAAAAAAUUGUGGUCCCACAUCCUGUUGUCACCAAUCUCGAAGCCAUUGAGAUAAAAUACACAGCAUAUCAUGGUUGGAUUUCAUCGGGUUUAAUAACUUGGAAUAUUGAUAAAGUAUUAAUUGUCGAUAGUUUUGGUAAAACAACAUCAAUAUGUAAACGUGGUCUAAGUCUUGAAUCGGGAAAAUCAGUUUAUUUAAGACUUCAACAUGGCGAUUGUAUUAUUCAAUCAGAUAUUGAUAAUGUGACAAUUAUAGAAGCGAUUAAUGAUAAAUUUCCACAGGAGAAACAAGGUGGAAUUGGUCCAUUUACAAGGGAUCAAAAUUGGGAGAAAAAGGAAACAAUAUCCGUUGAAUUAUUAUCAAAUGAAAGAAUUUCACAAAAAGGUCUUGGACCAUUUACCAAAGAUCAAAAUCCAAAACCAUUGGAGAAAGAAAAGAAUUUGGAUUCGAAAAUUAUUGAAAAUACCGAUAGUACAAGAAAUAAUAAUCGUUGGACGUACAUUGAUAUUUCAGAUAAUGGUGAAUCAAAUUCAUUGGAAAAUUUAGAAUCAGAAUCGGGACGUGCAUUUUCAAGUUCAAAUUUUAUUCACAAGACAACUGUUUCAAAAUCAACAAAAUCGCCAACUAUUACCACCGAGGCAGUAUUAGAAAUUCAAGAACCAUUAUUGAAAGUUACAAAAAAAGAAACUGCUCGUUCAAUGAAAUUACCUGAGAUAACUGAACCGAUUUUAAAAUCACGAUCAACUAGACAAAAUAUAAAAGGGGAUUCUGCAUUGCAGAAUGAUAGAAUAGAAAUGGAAGAAUCGUCAACGACAACAAGAUCAUUUACAGUUCAAUUUCUUCCGGAGAGACUUGCAGGUAUUUUAGCACAAGCUGAAAAAUAUGCAAGACAAACUCUUUUGCCUCUAAUUUCGCAAUAUACACCAAGUUUCGUUGGUAUUGGAAGAAAUGAUCGUCCAAAAUAUUUCCCACCUUUAGGUGAUAUUGCCGAUGAUAAAGAAACUAAGAAAUUAACUGAAAAUUCAAAUAGUGACAAAGAUUUCAAAACAAAUGUGACAAUGGAAGAAAUAAAAUCCACAAAUACAACUGAGAAUGAAAAUGUUACAACGGAAAAUGUUAUUCAAUCGAAAAAACAAGGCAACGAUUGGAUUCCAAUUAAUCGUGAAUCAAAGCAGAUCUCAAAUAAAAAUAAUUUAAAUACAACAACUGAGGAAAAAUCAUUAACGGGACUUUGGUUAAAUGAAGACGAUGGUAGUUGGACACCACAAUCUGAAGACGCUGAAGCUGGACCAGAGACAAAAAUUGACGAUUGGGUACCAAUAACAGAUAAAAUACGAAAUGAAAAAUCAUUAAAAUUAUCAACAGUUGAAAAUACGGAAAAAUCAUCAACAGAAAAAAGUGAAAAAUUAAAUUCAAAUAAAGAAAAUAGUACAAUUGAGGAACGAAAAUUUAUUCCAUUGACAAAUUUGGAAGAAAAAAAUAGUAAAUCUUCAACUCAUAUUCAAAGAAUUGCACAGACAACAGUUUCAAGUAAAAUUGAAUCACCCGAGGGGAGAUCAGUUCUUUUUCCUUAUGUCUAUGAACGUAAAAAUGAUCCACGAACUCGAUAUAUUCCAUUAAUUCCAGAAGAGGAUCUUGGCAUUUCAAAAUCCCUCGCCGAACGAGAUCGUUGAAUUUUAUUUUUUUUUUCUUGAAAAAAAUCAGGUUUUUAAUUCCACAUAGUGAUUAAGUUUUUAAAUAUAUAAAAAUACGACUGAUUACGUAAGUUUUAAUUAAGAUAUUUUUUUUAUAAAUUGAUACAAUUUUGAAAAAAAAGAAGAAAUUUAAUACAAAAAAUAACUUUUCUUUAUGAAAAGAAAAAAAUCAAAAAUUAUUUAAUUUCAUAUUUUUGAGAGUAUUUAUUGACGAAAGAAAAUUUUUUUUUAUGGAUGUAACAAAAAAAAGUGAGAUUGUUUUUUUUUUUCGUAAAAACUGGGAGCCCUUAACUUUAUUUUCUCUUGUAUAUAGGAAUUUUUACAAUAUAAUAUAUAUAUUAUAUAUAUAUAGCUUCGCUGAAAUUAUCUGUUUUUUUUAUGUUCGUUCGUUAUUGAUUAAUAAUAUUGUUGUUAUUGUAAUAAUUCUAAAAACUAGUACCGUCAUAGAUAUUCGUCAUUCGCGUGUGUCGAUUCAUUCCAAAAAAAACAAGCGAAGGACGAAACCGAAAACGCUUGGGACGUUGAAACAAUAAUAUUUUUAAAUCUAUAUUUUGUAAAUACCAUGCACAGGAGUCUCCAACAAAGAGCCAGGUUUGAAAAUAAAAAAAAUUUGAAUAUAUACAACAGAUGAAAAAAAAAACUGUAUGGAAGAGGCGAUUUUUAAAAAUAAAUUUUACAAUCUA